CCUAUUUGAGAAAGUAUCAAAUUCAAUUUAUCUCUUUUGGCCGGGAAUCGCCGCCGUGGGUCGCCGAGCAAAUGCCACUGAACAACCCCGACCGCACAGCAGCGCAGCUCACCGUCGGUGUCUUUUGAUGUUCUUAUAAUCAAGAAAACCAACACUGUAUCACACAAUUCUUCCAUGCGCGCAGCAUCCAAUUUCCUCCAAACUGUCUCCUUCUCCGUUCUCCGUAACGCUCGUCGUCACAGUGCCCAUGGGGGCCUUCGAGGCCUCUUCUGCGCGGCGUCUCUACUCUCAAGCUCCUCUGCAACGUCUCCUUCUCUCCGACCGUAUCCUCGUAGCCACGUUUACUUCUCUACGUGCCCUGUUUCGGCUAGUACUUUCUUCAAACAGCUAGUGUACGAGUCCGAGGAAUCUUUCCGGCAUGAGGAGGGGUUGUCGAGAAGCAACACUGGGAGGGAAAGUUUCCAUUUUGAUAGCUCAUUUGAGUCGACCGAGUUGGAGCCGUUUGACUCGCCCUCAGUUGAUGUCAAGAAGCUUGAGGACCUCCCAGAGCAGUGGCGUCGGUCAAGAUUGGGUUGGCUUUGCAAGGAGCUUCCUGGGAAAAAACAUAAUGAUUUGGUUCGGAUUCUCAAUGCCCAGAGGGAGUGGCUCAGACAAGAAGAUUCUACGUAUGUUGUUUAUCAUUGUUUGCAAAUUCAGGAAAAUGAGAUUGCUUUCAGAGUAUACAAAUGGAUGAUGAUGCAACGUUGGUAUCAAUUUGAUUUCAAUCUAGCAACACGGCUAGCAGAUUGUUUGGGUAAGGAUGGCAAGCACUUGAAAUGCCAAGAGGUUUAUGAUGACAUACUUAAUCAAGGACGAGUGCCUGAUGAGUCAACUUUCCAUAUUUUAACUGUUGCAUAUCUUAGUUCAUCUUGUCAACCACUGGUGGAGGAAGCAUUUAGCAUUUACAGCCGCAUGAUCCAAUUGGGAGGUUACAAACCUCAUCUUAGCCUGCACAACUCUUUGUUCAAAGCUCUAGUGGGGAAAAAAGGAGGUCCUCUCGCAGAAAAUCUGAAACGAGCAGAGUUCAUUUACCAAAACUUGACAACCUUUGGGCUUCAGAUUCACCAAGAUAUCUUUCGUGGCCUCAUAUGGCUUCACAGUUUUCAAGAUUUAAUAGACAAGGAUAGAAUUGCAUCACUGAGAGAGGAAAUGUGUUCGAGAGGCAUCAAAGAGGGCACAGAUGUACUUCUGUCAGUCUUGAGAGCUUGCUCCAAGGAUGGAGAUGUGGAAGAAGCUGAAAGAAUUUGGACAAAACUUCUUUCCUCUAGUAAUUCCAGUCCUUCCCCACAAGCUUUUGUGUAUAGAAUGUCGACUUAUGCAAAGAUCGGAGAGCAUAUGAAAGCAUUUGAAAUAUUUAGGGGACUGCAAAAGGACUUGUGUCCCACUCCCGCCAUAGCGUACUAUAAAAUCACAGAGAUAUUGUCAAAAGCUCAACAGCCAGAACUGGCAGAAUCAAUCAUGAAAGAGUUCAUCGACAGCGGUUUGGGUCCACUGAGGCCUUCAUUUAUACAUCUGAUGGAGAUGUAUCUCAUUUCAGGCUCACACGAGAAGCUGGAGUCAACCUUCUUUCAGUGUCUUAAAAGAUGCCGUCCACACCAGACCAUCUUCAGCCUGUACUUGGAGUCAUUGGUUGAGAAUGGAGACAUUAAAAAGGCUGGAGAAGUCUUUAAUCAGAUGGCUGAAAACCCUUCGAUUGGUGUCAAUGCUCCCUGCUGUAAUAACACCCUGAGGGGUUACCUCUCCCAUGGGGAACACAUUAAAGCUGAAAAGGUGUAUGAGAUGAUGCGCCUGAAGAGAUACAAUAUCGAUUCAUCCUUGACAGAAAAGCUAAGUUUUGUUCUGAGUUUACAACAAGUGGAAGUCAAAGAGCCCAUAAGGCAAAAACUCAGCAUAGAACAGAGAGAGGUUAUAAUGGGGUUGUUGUUGGGUGGGGCGCAAAUGAAAUCAGAUGCGGAGAAGAAGAAACAUUUAGUCCAUUUCCAGUUCGACGAAAACUUGAAACAUCAUUCAGUUCUAAGGACACGUGUGUACGAUUUGUAUCGCGAGUGGAUAGCCUGUCCUCAUAAUAACCCGCUAGCCAAUGAUGUUCCUUGGGUGUUUGCCACCGUUUCACAUUCUUAUUUUGGUUUUUACGCCGACCAGUUCUGGAGAAACGGGCUUCCCACUAUUCCGAAACUAAUCCACAAAUGGAUGUCACCCCGAGUCAUUGCGUACUGGUACAUGUACUCAGGGCACAGGACGCCCUCAGGGGAUAUUCUCUUGAGAUUGAAAGGGAGCAAAGAUGGGGUCAAACACGUUGUGAAGACAUUUAAGGCAAAGUCGUUGGAUUGCAAGGUGCAGAGGAAGGGGGACGAGUUUUGGAUAGGUUUUCUGGGAGAUAAGACGACGUGGUUCUGGAAACUGGUCGAGCCCUUCAUUCUUGAUGAUCUUAAAGAUUGUCUGAAACCGGGAGGAGAUCAACCCGUUGCCAGUUUGUCUGAAACUGACUGGUUGCAGUGAUGAUUUAGGUCAUUUGGACUCUCUCCUCUGCUCUGGUUAAAUUUGUAGCUCUGGCAUAUUAUGCUUCCAUGAGCAGAAUGCAAGUCAUUUUUUACUUACCAAAUGCUUUCCUUUCCUUUUAGACAAUUGAAUCCGCUCUAUUACGACAUUUUUUGUACAACAAUUCUUAUAACGCGUAUAUCUUUUUCACAGUGGUUUUGUACGUACAAAACCCGCCAUAAGAUUGAAAAAAUACUUUGUACGAAA